UCCACUACAUCAGCACACUUUUAUUUUCACUUUGAAGCUGGCUUUAUAAGAAACACCACCAUCUACUUGUUCUCUUCAACGUUACAAUUACCACACUCCACACUAAAAAAAAAAAAAAACAAGAAACUGGAUUAGAUUUAGUUGGUGACUGUUUACCAAACCAAGCCAUGUCUUCUUCAAUUCUUCUUUUCCUUUCUCUAUUCGCCAUUCUUCUUUUCUUUGCGGAAUCGCAAUCCUUCGUCGGCGUUAACUACGGUCAGAUCGCCGACAAUCUUCCGCCGCCAGAUGCCACUGUCAAACUCCUCCAGUCAACCACAAUCGGAAAAGUCCGUAUUUACGGCGCCGAUCCUACUACCCUUAAAGCGUUCGCUAAUUCCGGCAUGGGAAUCGUUAUCGGAGCCGCAAACGGCGACAUUCCAAGUCUAGCAUCCGAUCCAAACGCGGCAACUCAGUGGAUUAACUCGAAUGUUUUACCUUAUUAUCCAGCCAGUAACAUCACUUUAAUCACCGUCGGGAACGAGGUUUUAACCUCCGGCGAUCAAGGUCUAGUGUCGCAGCUCGUGCCUGCAAUUCGAAAUGUCCAAAGUGCCCUGAGUUCAGCUUCACUCGGCGGAAGGGUGAAAGUAUCCACCGUGCAUUCAAUGGCCGUGUUGAUUCAGUCGGAUCCACCUUCUUCCGGAUCGUUCAACCCGGCGUUACAACAAACCAUGAAUCAGUUAUUGGCGUUUCUGAGGGAUAAUAAAUCGCCGUUUAUGAUAAAUCCGUAUCCUUAUUUUGCUUACCAGACUGACCCGAGACCCGAAACGCUAGCGUUCUGUCUAUUUCAGCCAAAUUCGGGUCGGGUUGACUCGGGUAACGGAAAGCUUUACACCAACAUGUUCGACGCUCAGGUUGAUGCCGUGCAUUCUGCUCUGAGUGCUAAGAGGUAUGAGGACAUAGAGAUUGUGGUUGCUGAAACAGGAUGGCCUUCUAGAGGGGACAGCAAUGAAGUAGGACCAAGUGUUGAAAAUGCAAGUGCCUAUAAUGGAAACUUGAUUACUCAUCUUAGAUCAUUGGUUGGAACACCUUUGAUACCUGGGAAGUCUGUGGACACAUACAUUUUUGCACUCUAUGAUGAGGACCUCAAAUCUGGCCCAGGAUCUGAACGCGCCUUCGGCCUCUUCAAACCUGAUCUUUCCAUGUCAUAUGAUGUUGGCUUGGCCAAGUCUACCCACCAGACACCAGCUGGAUGGUGUAUUCCUAAAGCAGGAGUCAGUGAUACUCAGUUGCAGUCCAACAUUGACUAUGCAUGUGGGCAAGGCAUAGAUUGUGGGCCAAUAAAACCAGGAGGUGCAUGUUUUGAACCCAACACGGUAGCAUCCCAUGCUGCCUUUGUAAUGAAUCUCUACUACCAAACAUUUGGCAGAAAUCAAUGGAACUGCGAUUUCUCUCAAACAGCAACACUCACUUCCCAAAAUCCAAGUUACAAUGCUUGCAUUUACACUGGAUGAAGUAUCUGAAAAGACAGAUGUUUUAGCUUGGCCUCAGUGAAUAAACUUUGUCAAAACAAGUAUAUUUAUUUCAAUUUUAAUUAACGAAUAAGGGUUUAUCCAUGGCCCUCUUUUAUUUAUACAGUACCAUUUUAAUUACUAUCAUUUUUUGGUAGAUUUAUAAAGCCUUUUAAUUUAAUUUGGCUUUAGUUGUAAAGGCGGCCAAUUUUGGUGUACCUUACCUUUCUAUUUUCCCCCCCUCCUUUUUUGACUGGAAUAAAAUCACUUCAUUUCCAUAUCAA